CGAGCGAGAGGGAGUGUAUGCCACUUCCCGGACGGUGUGCUUGUGUGAGUGUUGGCACCCGUGCAUGUGCGCCUUUGCAAUCAGGCACCCUGCCAGUGACUCUUCUGAUAACCACCGCUAAAAUAGACUGUCGUAAGUGCUAGGAGGUGCAUCUGACCCUCACAGCUACAGUGCCCGGGCCUGGCGACAACACCUGGCCCCGGCUGGCCCGUGUGCGACCUCACCUGACCUGACCUUGCCCGUAGACUCCUUUGCCAUGGCGAAUCAACAGUUUUGUUUGAGAUGGAACAAUUACCAAAGCAAUUUGACCCAGGUGUUUGAUCAGUUACUUCAGUCAGAAAGUUUUGUGGACGUGACUCUAUCAUGUGAAGGUAACAGUGUGAAGGCACACCGCAUGGUGCUGUCAGCGUGCUCCCCGUACUUCCAGGGCCUCCUGAGCGAUGCGCCCUGCAGCCACCCCGUCAUCAUCCUGCAGGGGGUCAAGUGGCCGGAGCUCAAGGCCGUGGUGGAGUUCAUGUACAAGGGCGAAAUCAACAUCUGUCAAGAGCAGCUGGGCUCCCUUCUGCGUGUGGCAGAGUCCCUAAAGAUUCGUGGCCUGGCGGAGGUGGACGGAGACGGAGGCGAGUCCGCAGUGCUCACUUCCCCAGCAGCGUCGCCUGCCGCCCGCCCCCUGCACACUAGUCUCGACGACAGCUCGAUCUCGCCCACCCUCGCUGCCAUCGCCCGCAAGCGACGCCGCCUCUCUGGCGACGACGUCAGCAGACCAUGCACGCCCGCGACGCCCACCAGCGCCCCCGAGCUGAUGGACGCCGUGUUGGACCUUCCUCCGCCUUUGGGAAACCGAGGGGGCAGCGCUCCCCUACCAGGGUCACCGGUCGGACUCCCUUCGCUGGCUGCUCACCUGCCAGGACCUAUGCCGCCCCCAGCGCCCAUGCCGCACCACCUGCCGCAUCUGCCCCCCCUCUCGCCGCUCCUCAACAUGCACCACAUCCACCGCCACCACACCCCCGACGACUUCGAGAUACGACCCGGCAUCGCCGAGAUGAUCCGCGAGGAGGAGAGGGUAAGAAUCCUUGGUUGGUCGCCUCCACUGCCCUUUAGACCGGACAACAUGAACCAGAGACGCCGAGAUGCACCCGACAUGGCCAAGCUUCUGGAAUCCUCUCACCACUGGAUGGGAACCUCGAUGGCGGAUGGGGGCGGUCCAGUCUUCCCGUCCAUGUUCCCCGACCCGCCCAACACCUCGAAGGCCUCCAAGACAGCUGGCUCGUCCUCCAAGGCAGCAGCGGCGGCGGCCACCCCAAAGACACUAGCCAUGUCGCUCUCCAAGGUGCAGCAACCUCCUCCAGCGCCGCCGCCUCCUUCGUCAUCAGCGCCUGUGAUCCAGCCAGGCCUCAACCCCCUCGCUAAGCAAGACGCCAUCAGCUCAACCCCGAAGCCGGUAACGCACAAAAUAUCCAUAACUUCCGUCGUCUCGAGUGCCAGCGGCCUUCCCUCGAUCACCACCGCCGCGAAUGGCUCUGCGCCGGACAACACCGUGUCCAUUACCGCGGCCGCCGGGAAGCCAGGUCCCUCGGCCGUGAGCCCAGAACCCAAAGUGAUUACGAUCACGACGAGUGCCGUCACGGGCGGCAUCAGCUCGCCGGCCGCUGCGCCCCAGCACAUCAGAGGCCACAGUAACAACACGGUCACCCACGCCCGAGGGCCAAACGCUCCAGGGCGUCUGGUCGGAAAAGCUGCCCUGGAGGGGACCUGGGAAAACAUCCAAGGAGCUGUGUCUGCUCCAAAGUCGGGGGCGUCAAGGUGGACCCAGAGUGACCUUGUGGCGGCCCUGGCGCUGGUGAAGGCCGGCACGCCCAUCAAGCCCGCGGCUGAACGUUGCAACAUCCCUGUAAUGACAUUGUGGCGCCGCACGCGGGCGCUAGGCAUUGUGUCCUCCAAGGUGCAGUGCGGCUUCCGAUACCCAGCGGGCCGGGGGCGAUCUAAGACGGAGCCCGAUCACAACACCAUCGUGAAGUGCGAGAAUGAGGACGCGUUGCCCUUGAAGGCCAAGCACGAAAGCAACUGUCCCCCCAGAGCUGAGCCAAGGUUGUUGAUCCAGCCCAAGACGGAACCCCAAGACGGCUUCAAGGAGGUGGUCGUGCAGCGCGCGGGGCCUCUGCGGGAGAUGUCUGCGCUGCACGCGCUCUGCCGUGUGGCGUCGAGGGAGAACAGCCCUCGGCCGCUUGGGAGGGAAAACAGCCCCCUCCCGCUUGGCCGCGAGAACAGCCCCAAACCUAUUGGGCGAGAGAACAGCCCAAAGCCAUUCGGCAGGGAAAACAGCCUUAAACCACUCGGCAGGGAGAAUAGUCCUAGACCUUACGGCAGAGAGAACAGCCCAAGACCGCUUGGCAGGGAGAACAGCCCGAGGCCUUUUGGCCGGGAGAACAGUCCAAAACUUCUUAGCAGAGAGAAUAGUCCCAGGCCCUUCGGCCGAGAAAACAGCCCAAAGCCCCUUGGCAGGGAGAGCAUUCCCAGGCCCCUUCGAAGAGAGGGCAGCCCUAUGGUUCUCGGGAAGGAGAACAGCCCGAGACCUGCUGCAAGAGAGAAAAUGCCGCAGAUAAACGCAGCUGACAGCCCUAGUCCCGAGUUCAAAGACCCUAAAUGUCAGCAGCAGAUACUGGAGGAGAGUCCGAGUCCAUUAGUCGCAGAAAAGCGUCACAGCGAGAGCAGUUCGCGGCCCCCCAGUCUAAGGGACGACGAAAGCAGCAACCUCGAGGUCUCGGAGAAGGAAGGCAGCCCGAGACCGCCCCCUCGCGGCCCAGUGCCGGCGGGGGGCGCGGAUAGAUUCCGGGCAUGGGUAGAUAUUGUGCUGGAGGGCGCGGGGAGACACCACCAGCAGGAGAGCCCGCAGGACCUUUCAACACGCCACCAACGCCCGACAGAGCCUUCACCUCCCCAUUCUCAGCCGACGUCCAGCUGUACUUCCACAGCUGCCAGCACUACAGCACCGCAAAAUCCUUCACCUUCGCCGGUUCAUGAAUGAAAUCGCUCUCCCCGCGAGAGCGCCAGCGCCUCGCCGUGAUCUUCGCGGGGCGGCGCGGAUGAGAGUCGCCAAGGCACGAUGUCCUCUGAAAUUGAAGGAAUGUUCGUUAGUGGUUGCAAACACCGUGCAGAAGGUGUAAGGAAUGCCUGCUGCAGCCUUUAGAAGACAAGAAAGAUACAGCAGGCUCUCUGCACUUGUGCAUUUUCAUGGUUAAGGUCAUAAGCUGCAUUCCUUUAAUUCAUCUUCAAAAUAACACAGAGGAGGCACAGCCCCUCCGCAGCCGGCGCAGCGAGUCUGGCGCCAUCCUCCUUGUCCAGCGCGUCCGCCAAAGAGCCAACAGCGUCAUUGAGCACUAAAUUUUUAACAAAUCUUGUGAGGUCCGCAGAUGAAGCAGCUUUGUUCUCCGUGGGCUGGUUUAUAUAUCAAAAAUUCUAAUUAGUUGGAGUGUAGUUUGACUCGUUUUUGCCGGGCGGUCGGGGCAGCUGCAGUGACAAUGCUGUACUACCAGUCCCCCUGUCAGGAAAUAUCUCUGACUGUGCAUACAUUAGACCAACUUGAUGAUAUAAGGCCCCGUCCGCCCGCCCCUUCGCCCAGCCGCAUUCCUCGCCGCCCCCUCCGUAGAUUGCCCGCCUCGCUAUCAAAAGCGGCCGCAGGUCUGGCCGCUCCGUGACCGCUGAAGGAGAUACCUCGCGCCGGCCGCCAUUUUGUACUUGCCAAGAUCAAACGAACUCUUGAUAUGAAUUAAACAUUUUUUCUCUCCGAGAGAAGCAGUCUUUAUGAUAAAUAUUCGACUGAAUGACAUUAACAGGUUGAUGUGUUGAUGUAAACGAUUCGAUGUCAGAGACUAAGAGGUUGAAGUCGGGACCGUCUUGUCUUGGAGAGAUUCCAGGCAUGUAAACAGAGUAUUGCUAAGGUAUCUCGUGUCGCGGCCGGGGAUCUCAGCGCCAUUAUUGAGAAUGCUGAAAUAUCUUCCGCGAAUUAACCAAUCCUUCUUCUACGCAAGCACGCGGAAUCUCGUACCUCAUUAAAAGUCCCCCAAACAGCUCCCUCUCGGCUGCGAUUUCUACGUCAGGCACCAUGACGGCUCGCAAAACUCGAAAACCGAUUCCGUUCGUUUCCCCGAGAGACUCGGAUCCGCCUUCUACUCAAAACAUGUCCAGUAAGUAAGUAAGUAAGUUGGGGGUUUUGCCUACCUGUCGCGUGGAUAGGCCGUGUUAUCCUCCUCGGAAUAAAUAUCCCCAGAUCCGAAGGGGAGAUGAUUCCCUGCGUCUCGGGGAGCACUGUGAUAAAGAGGAGGUCUGGAGCGAAGAGCCUCAAAUGUAAUAACACGACUUUACUCUCAAUCUCGCGGAAUUGCAGCCCAACCGUCUCCGGAUCCACCGCAACACCACUUAUUUUGUGUGCGCGAAAUCCGCCGAAUGCCAUAAAAUCCGGUGGGGGUCUGCAUGGUGGUUGUUUUUUUCUUUUUCUUUUUUUCUGUCGUAAUACAUAUUUUAACAACAGCUUCGGCUCACUGGUCGGUCGUCGUGGAUUGAUUUUAUCUUUCUUGUGCACCAUUAAGUUUUUGCACCAUAAAGUUGGGCUCGAAAGAACCACAACAGCGGAUGUGGAUCCUAUCACCCUUUCUCUAUUAAUGUUUUCAAUGUAGAGAUUCACUCUCUGGCUUUCUUCGGCGAGAGAUGGCGCUGCGACCCACGACGUGACCGGGAUUCCGAACACGGGGAGAUUCUACAUUUGAAAGUUGUCAUGAUAAUGAUGAUUAAGGCGAUUUAAUGGUCUUACAACCGCACUCUGACAGAUGUCAUUAAUUGACGUAAGGAGGAGAUAGAGAACAAUGGGCGAUAGGUUGGAGUGAAGGGGAGGAGGUGAAGCAGACGAGGCCCAACAACGGGAGAACGAAGACCCUAACUCCGAUAUGCAGCCGCCCCGGCCGAGCGAGGGACCGACUCGAAACGGCGGCACCUCCAGAGUCCUGUCGCUGGCGCAGGAGGAGGAGCCCAAGAGCGACCCGCGAUAAACGACGACGACAGAUACAGCUUCUGCUGUAUGGAAGUUGUAUUGUGAUGAAACUGAAAUUCGAAAUGCUUAAAUAAUGCUGCGUCUAUGUUGCAUAUCAUUGAUCUAUGAUGUACUAACCAUAUGCUAUACAUGUAGGUUAUGAUAAACCCUGUGAUAUGCUGUUGCUCAGACUUUUAGUGUUGUGAUUUGAUAUAAAAGCGAGUUUUCUUUUUUCUCAUUUCAAAGUUUUUAUUGUUGUAGUUAAAUACUGAUCUUGUAGUGGUUAUUUAUUUCAGGAUUUCAAUGCUUAUUUGACUACUUUUGAAUUACGCGGUUGUAAACGUAGGCUUUUAUUUUGUUCUUCUUAAUUAUUGCUUUACAUUUGAUCGGGAAUGUCUUCUUUGUGUAAUUAAUGAAUUAUAUAGCUUCUGCGAUACAUUAACAUUAAGUUUACUCAUGUUAGUACAAAGACACUGACAGUUGAUGAUAGAUAACAUGUCUAACUAACAAAACGCAACACAGAAGCCCUUUUUUUUCUUAUUUUCUAUUGUAACUGAGACGACGAAAAGAGAGACACAGACGUCGCUAGGAAGCAAACUGCUCAAGACACGUCCUUCAUCCCAGAGUGGAAACUUAAUAAGCUAACCCAAGAGCGACAUUUUUAAGAGUUAUUUAUCUGUAGACGGAAGAGGUGUGAUCAGCGCCUUGACUUCCACCCUGGGCGACGCGGGACGUAAAGUAAGCAAGUGUGAUGAUGACGUAACCCACUGGGUAGAGAAAGGUAAAGGACUGGACGAUGGCCAGGUAAAAAGGCUGGACUUGUUACCUGGUUCAUCUACCUGUCAUAUGGCCAAAUGGUUCCCCUAACUCAUUUGUGAUAACUUACAAAGGAAUGUGAUACUGUAUGCCAAAUUUGUCUUUUCUUUUUUUCUUUUUUAUUUUAAUUUUGUCUAGCCGUUUACAUUGCUUACUGUAUUUUUAGAGUUUGGAUUUUUCAGUUAGAAUGGCAGGUAUUGUAGUGGAAAAAAAAUCUAAAGCUAACAAAAUUAGUUUUGUUUGUCUAACGUUCGCGCUGGAUGAUAGCCUUCAUGAGGGAUUGUUUGUUCGCGACGAUUAUUCCAUAUUUCUACAGAGUAUUUUUUAGCUUUUACUGAAGCCCGGAUGAUUUGUGUAAGCUAGACUGAAUGUACGAUGUAAAUAAAAGCUUUUUUUCUCAAGCUAAAA